CUUAUAAGGGAAUUCAUCAGAUGAUUAUAAACAAGAAAAGGGGAUAAACAAAGCUCUCAGAUCUCCCACGUUUCUAAGUGUUAUUCGUGCUCCAUAUAAAAAGGAGAGCCAAUCCAACAAGCCCCAAACUGCAACAAACUAACUGAAACCGUCCCAGCAUUUCUGGAGUUAGAGGCCAUUUGAUUUCAACAACUUAUGGCCUCUAACAAGAAUUUAUUGGUGAUGUUUACUGUGCUUUCUAUAGCUCAACUCUUGUUUCUUCCAAGAAGUGCUCUUUCGAUCCCGUUUGUCGUUUUUCAUGGAAUAUCUGAUAAUUGCAAUAACAAAGGGAUUUCACAGUUCACCUCUCUUCUGAGCGAUUGGCCUGGUGCACAAGGACAUUGCAUUGAAAUUGGAAAUGGUGGUAUGGAUUCCUGGACCAUGCCCUUCUUUGAACAGACGGCCUUAGCCUGUGAGAAGGUGAAGAGCAUGAGUGAGCUCAGUGGAGGCUACAACAUUGUCGGGCUCUCACAGGGUAAUUUGGUCGGGAGAGGUGUCAUUGAGCUCUGUGACGGAGGACCCCCUGUCAGAAAUUUUGUAUCUCUUGGAGGUCCACAUGCCGGAAUAGCUUCUGUUCCCCUCUGUAAAUCAGCUUGGUUUUGCAUUCUAGUGGACUCUUUGAUCAAGGCGGCAAUUUACAGCAACUAUGUUCAGGAACAUCUAGCGCCUGCUAACUAUAUCAAAAUUCCAACAGAUUUAGAUGCGUAUGAAAACGGAUGCAAAUUCCUCCCUGUGCUAAACAACGAGUUUCACAAGAACUCCACGUACAAGAAGCGGCUUUCUAGCUUAGAGAACUUGGUGCUAAUCAAGUUUGAAAACGACGAGGUUUUAGUGCCGAAAGACACCGCUUGGUUUGGGUAUUUCCCUGAUGGCUCCUGGAACCCCAUUUUGCCUGCACAAGAGACAACCCUCUACACCGAAGAUUGGAUUGGUUUAAAGACCUUGGAUGAAGCUGGGAGAGUGAAGUUUGUGAACGUGUCGGGGUCCCAUCUAGAGGUUUCCGAUGGAGAAAUGAAGGACUACAUAGUCCCAUACUUGCUCGAAAACACCACAGCACAACCAAGACUGUCUAAAUCGUCCCAUCCCUCAGCACGGUCUGCUCAUGAGGGAAAGAUUCGCAAGCUGUAUGCUUCUGAUUGAAGAGACUUGAUUUUUAGGCGUGCUUCAGAUCAGUCGAGAGCCUUUGUACCACAACGAUACCAGAUUUUAGUUGUAUCUAGCAUGAACUAGAUAUCCAUUUCUCUGUCCUAAAUAAAAAUCAGUUUUAAGUUCA